UGUUUCUGCAGGACCGCAGGCCGCUGGCUGGCGUGGAGCGAAGGCUUGUGGUCGGCUGUUUGUCUGCGUGAAGCUGGCAUGGCCUCCCGUUCCCCUGCAUCUGUUCCCCAUUAGCACAGCGACCGAGAGUAUAAAGCAGGGAGCUGACAGGCGCUGCGAACACUCGAGGAUCGCUGCCUGGAUCAUGGGGUUUACUAUCUGGCUGCUCUGCCUGCAGGCCAGUCUGCUGUCACACGCCCUCGAAUGCUCAGCCGCUCAGGGAGAGCUGAGUGUGAGCAAACACACCGCAGACGCUCAGUAUGAGGACCAGACGCAGCAAAGUGCGCUACCCUUACCUGAAGGACUGGUUUUGUUCCGACGUAGGAGACAGUUGGAGAGGAGGGGUCCCACCCACAUGAGCCACAACAGCCGGCCGGGGGCCUUCACCGCCAAAGGCUUCCCGAACACUCUCAUCCAGGCUGAUAGGUCCAGGCGACACUUGAAGAAGAAACCGCGUAAAUCCCGCGCCGGCACCUACUCUCUCCUUAGCAACGACAAGAGAGUCCCCCUACAGGUGAUCAGAGUGAGGCGACAGGAGAAGCUCGAUCCACAGAAGAGGGUGAACUCAGGACGCUCCGGUGCGUUCUCUGUCCUGGGAGAUCCACAGGCUGACGUUCAGGCUGACGAUCAGGCUGACGUUCAGACCGACAGACCCAAUAGGAGCAUACAGAAGAGGAGUGCUGGGAAAUAAAAAGCAAUUUUUAAUUUUGGCCUGACAGUACAAAGGUCUCUGAAAAACAUGAGUCAACAUCUGAAGACUGGUGUGAAAAUCUGACAUUUAGAUAAGAUCUUCUGUGCUAACUUGCUUUGAUUAAUUUUGAUAUGUGCAUCCAUCGUUACUGUUUCACCUGAAAGCUUAUCAGCCACUAAUGGAUACUUUAUUUACUAUUUUAAGUUUCUAAUAUAUUCCUGCAUGUUUUAAAAUGAAUCCACAAAUGAUCCCAUAUGAAUAUUAUAGUUUGCCGUGUUGUUGUAUUUAAUCACAGAUUCCUUAUGAAUAUUGGGGGUAUAUUUUUGCAGAAAUAUUUCUUGUGUUGUAUCAAAUUUCAAUAAAAGUUUAGUAGACACA